AAGCAAGCAACCCACCGCGUUGAACUUGCAGGCGAUGCUGGCAAGGAACCCCACGUAGCUCGGUGUCCAAAAGUAGUCCUGUCGCAGAAAACGAAUCCCAUUUUUCUGAGGCACACAGCCAUCGCGAAGCAGCUAUGGCUGCGGCUGCUUCCACUUCUUCGUCCUCGUCAAGAACUCAUUCUUCGAGGUCCUACGCAUCUUCCGGUUUCAGCCAACUCCCUCCUUAUGCUCAAAACCUUGGAGCUCCGGUUGAUCACAAUUGGACUCCCAAUUCAGCCGUGUCAGAUCUGACCGACGAAUACUCGACCCCGCAAGGCCAACUUCGGCCGCUGGACCUGGGUCCUCCAGGAUUCCAGGCUACUUGUACCUUAUUCGAGGGGACAAGCGAUGAAAAGAUCAUAUACUUGGGGCCAUGGGAGGUGGUUGGCACUGAGCACCGGCGCAUUCUGUGGCAAGGCAGUUACCAGCUAGAACGUCUAGAGCACUUCUUACCUACCGCAUCAACCACAGAAACCUUUCCACACACACUCCACUCCAGACAUCGUCAAUUUUCCGACCCAAGCACACUCGAGCAAUAUGUCACUUUCCGUGAACGACAUCGCGUGAGAUAUACGAACGAGGAGGGCGUAGUGAUUCAUGACCAGCCCAUUGAGGUCAAGUAUGAGUUCACCACAAUCGAGGCGGCUCUUACCUUUCAGGGUGAUUUGAGGAGAAAGGAUCUUGUAGACUGUUUCGACGUCGAUGUAGUAUGGACAGAUACGCAAGGACGGACGGACGCUUUUGGCAAUGUCAAGGGCAUUGGCACGGUUCAGAGACUCAAGCUAUGGUCCGACAGACAUACCAUGUCGCAUUCAUUGUCGGUUUUUGCGAACCGCGCCGACCGUCGUCACAGGGAAUACCAAGUCGACCAGUUUGAGGGUGAGGUCAGGGGGCGGGAUGAUAGGCGCCGGUCCCUACGGUUGAAUGUCAGAGGCAGGCGUGGUAGUGCUCCAGACUCGGGGAGGCGCAUGUCCUUGAGCGCAGCAUUCCGUUCGCGCCGCGGAUCUUCGUCGUCUUCGUCGUCCCAAAGUUCGUUGGAUAUACGGUAUCUAGGGAUUCAAUUCAGCCGCACUGAAGACUACCGACGGUUCCUCGAUACCUGGGUCGUGGCGCAUAGCUCAGACAGCGAAUACCACGGCAUCACGUAUCCGGCAGAUGUUUUUGAGCUACCGUCCCCUCAGAUCGCUGCUUCUACUUCGUAUGAAGUCUCUUCACAGUCACUCUGGCAGGCGGAUCUCCCAUUCUUACCGGCACCAGCCGAAGAAGAAGAAGUGGAGGAGGACGAGUUAACGCCUUGAAGUUCAGUUACGAAACUUGCAAGCAAUCGCGGGAGAGAACUUGGGUCUACUACGUAUCGAGUGCGAUUGGCGACACAGAUUCCCUUAUCGGCUUACGAUGAUGAAAUUCUCAUACCACUGGAAAACUGGGA